UUGACGGCUUAGAGCCCACCUCGCCGAAUUUGAAAAGGCGGCCCCGGAGAGGCGUGGGCGCCCCCCACACACUUCCAGCUCGCACCCGGGCGCCGAUCGCUCGCCCGGCUCCUCUCGCUCUGCUCCCGGCCGGGGCCGCAGGUUCGGUCCGGGCGCCGGUGCGCUCCUGCCGGUCCUCGUGCCCGGGACUCCAGGUCCCCGCGGUCUGCCGCGCACGAUGAAGCUGGCCCUGCUCCUGCCCUGGGCGUGUUGCUGCCUCUGCGGGUCGGCGCUGGCCACCGGCUUCCUCUACCCUUUCUCGGCCGCAGCCCUGCAGCAGCACGGCUACCCGGAGCCCGGCGCCGGCUCCCCUGGCAGCGGCUACACGAGCCGCCGGCACUGGUGCCAUCACACGGUGACACGGACGGUGUCCUGCCAGGUGCAGAAUGGCUCGGAGACGGUGGUCCAGCGUGUGUACCAGAGCUGCCGGUGGCCGGGGCCCUGUGCCAACCUCGUGAGUUACAGGACUCUGAUCAGACCCACCUACAGAGUGUCCUACCGCACGGUGACGGCGCUGGAGUGGAGGUGCUGCCCUGGCUUCACCGGGAGCAACUGUGAUGAGGAAUGCAUGAACUGCACCCGGCUCAGUGACAUGAGUGAGCGACUGACCACACUGGAGGCCAAGGUCCUCCUGCUAGAAGCAGCAGAACGGCCCGCGAGCCCCGACAACGACCUCCCAGCUCCCCAGAUCACCCCUCCCCCCUGGAACGAGGACUUCUUCCCCGACGCCAUCCCUCUCGCUCACCCGGGGCCACGACAGAGAAGGCCCACGGGCCCAGCCGGGCCCCCAGGGCAGACAGGACCACCAGGGCCUGCAGGCCCCCCUGGGUCCAAAGGUGACCGAGGCCAGACAGGAGAGAAGGGCCCAGCAGGGCCCCCUGGGCUCCUGGGGCCUCCAGGGCCCCAGGGGCUUCCUGGAGAGAUGGGGCGCCCCGGCCCCCCAGGACCACCCGGCCCAGCAGGCAGCCCAGGCCCCUCACCAAACAGUCCCCAGGGCGCCCUCUACUCCCUGCAGCCACCUACAGACAAAGACAAUGGAGACUCAAGGCUGGCCUCUGCCAUCGUGGACACAGUGCUGGCGGGCAUCCCAGGACCCCAGGGCCCCCCUGGUCCACCAGGUCCCCCUGGGCCUCAAGGUCCCCCAGGACCCCCAGGAACACCUGGAUCCCAGGGCCUGGCUGGAGAGCGAGGCACGGUGGGGCCGUCCGGUGAACCUGGCGUGAAGGGGGAAGAAGGAGAGAAAGCCGCCGCUGCAGAGGGUGAGGGGGUGCAGCAGCUGAGAGAGGCCCUGAAGAUCCUGGCAGAGCGAGUCCUCAUCCUGGAGCACAUGAUUGGGAUCCACGAUCCCCUGGCCUCCCCGGAGGGAGGUUCUGGCCAGGAUGCCGCCCUGAAAGCCAACCUCAAGAUGAAGAGGGGUGGCCCCCGACCCGAUGGGGUUCUUGCUGCCCUGCUUGGGCCCGACCCUGGACAGAAGAGCGUGGACCAGGCCAGCAGCAGGAAGUGAGACCCCACUGCUCCAGGACACCCUGUCCUGGCUAGAGACCCAGCCCCAGAGGCCUGAGCCGCCGCUGGUUCCUAAAGAUGCCCCCAGGGGAACUGGGCUCCAGGCAUGGAUGAUUGUGAGGACCUGGGGGGCUUUGGGGACAGAUAAUGUCUCCAGGGGCAGGGUCUGGAGGGGCCAGCACCCUCAUCAGAGCCCUUCUCUGGCCUUGCCCCUCCCCCACCCCCACUCCCGGCUGGAGACGGGGUCUGGGUGGGCUGGGUGCUGGGAAUAAGAAUAAUCCUAAUACCCAUCAUGUAUUGAGUCCCUGCUAUAACUGGCCCUGUCCAGGGAACUUUCCUUACGUUGUCUCAUAUUUAACCCUUAGGAGGUAAGCUUAUUAUCCCCACUUCACAAGGGGACCGACGCUCGGAUGGUAGAAAUAACCCUCCCUUGGCCACCAGGUCAUGGGUGGCAGGGGCGGGAUUUGAACCCAGGCCCCUCAGUUCCUGAAGCCAUGUUCUCUCGACCCUGCCAGCUUCCCCUCUUUGCGAGAAAACUCAGACAGGGAGGGUGCAGGGCCAGGAUGGUUCCUUAAGGCAAGCAGGGUUGCGGGGAGGCUGGGCCAGCCGGUCUGAGGGGAUAGGCAGGGUCCUGCAGGGCCUGGGGCUUCCAUUCCUCAACCCCCUUCCCCACUGGCUGGGGGGACGCGGCCUGGCCUGCAGCUGCUCUCAGAGGCCAGGGAGAUCCUGAAUAAGUCACUGCCAGCCACGCAGACUUGAGGACCCUGAGAGAGCAGCACUGGGGGUGCAAGGGCCCCCCAAAACCAGAUCGGCAUCACCGGCCACUGCCUCCCAGCCUCACUGAGCCCACCCGCCCUCUCUGGGUCCGUCCCAUCCCUGCGCCGGAGGCAGCAUUUCAUGGGCGUGUCUGUCAGAGGUGGGACUUUCCGCCUCUACCCCAUGAGUUCGUCUCUCAGGGGACUCUGUAGGUUUGCUACUUUUGCAUGGCACAGCAAGUCCAAUGUCCCCUUUGCAAACUGCAGAGAGGGAAACAGAGUCCCAGGCCUGCUGGGAAGAGAUGCUCCUGCCUCCCACCUUCCAGAGUUGGGGAGCCUGGCAGGCUCCACGGCAGGCACCAGGUCCCUAGCAGCCCAGAGCAGCUCUGAUUGGAGCCCUCAAGGCCUCUGGGGCCCGGGUCUCUGUGAUCAGCUCAGCCCUGGUGCUCCUCUCUUGCUGGACUGGGACCUGGGAUACAGCCACGACAGCAAACUCAGAGAAUUGAAGGUGCUGGCGCCACCCUGGGGCACUGCACUCUGUCUUCACAGCAGGAGUGACUGUCUCCAGUGCUCUUGGUACUCCUGUUCGGCUGUGGCCUGGUCCCUCUGGGCCCUGGGAUCUUCUUUUGGCCCUUGAGGCAGGUCUGGAGAGGCAGUGUGUGUCUUCAUGGAGGGGCGGUCAGAGGCGGGCGGGACCACCAGCCUGUAGCGUUAUUAUUGUAUCUGACAAUAAAGGUGCUCUCCCCAC